AUGCGGGUGAUGGCUCCGGCUGCCUCGGCGGAGUCGCGAAAGUUUGUCAGCGGCGGAGCUCCAGCUUUCUUCAGGGGUGAACCUGCCCUGGGUACUGGCGGGUUUUAUGCCAAAAGUAGUCCCACAAACAGUAAAUUGGCUGUUGGAGCAAGCUCGUCCUUCAUUCUUUGUUUUUCAUCCUUCCUAGAAAUUAAGAAGCCACCAGUGGCCCCCAAACCAAAAUUUGUGGUAGGACACAAGGCGACGCCUCCACCUGUUGCACCAAAGCCUGAUGUUGUACUUUCUGGUGUUAUACAAGCAGCAAGGAAAACCAAGCCAGCAAUUGCACCAAAACCAAAGGUUCUCAAGAGCUCAUCCAUUCCAGAAGUCAAACCUCCAUCAUCUACAAGAAAAAGCACAAAAAGCUUUGAGGAGCACAGGGGAGAUUCUUCUCAAACAUUAGACCACUUGAACUAUAAAAAUGAAGCCUCGGAAGAGAGUACCAGUAACACAGCGUAUAUUCUACCAAUGUCAUCUUGCAAAUUCGAAUGCCUUCAUAAGCUUGGAAAUGGGGAGAACACCUGCAAAACUCAGAUAAUUUUUGGGCACUUUGAAAACUUGGAGAACAUCAAAGUUGGUGAAAAAACUGCACUAGCUCUGGGGGAUGGUCACAGUGAAAAACUGGUAACUAGAAAUCAGGUGGUUUUGAAAGCCAGCAUUUUGGAAGAGAAACUGAAGGACGUUCUAACUCAUGGAGUGUUUCCUAACAGCAGUCCUGUGAGGCACAGGUAUGCAGACAAACUUGACAAAGGGGAUGGCAGCAGUUCCAAGAACAAUGUUAAAAUAGAGUUUAUGGAACUUGUACAGUCUUCUUCAUCUUCUGAGGUAGCUAAAGGGAAGCAACAAAAUACUGAUGGUAAGCUCACUGCCGAUGAGUUUCAGAUGUCCAAAAAUUGUCAUGGUUUGACUGAAAAUAACCACAGUUGCUCUUGCACAUUGGACCAAGAAAUUCUGGAAAAUGAAAUUUUAAGUAGCAAUAGUACAUUUUCAGGUGAAAUAGCUAUGAAAGCAGAUGCUGAUAAAACCUCCUCUGAAACAUCUUCGUCAGUCCUGAGCUCAAAAGUGCUUCCUGUCCCUAAGCCAAGAAAGCCACGCGCUGCAUGUCUUGUCCGUCAGGAUGGCAUAGACACCGCAGGAGAAGGAACAAAGGAACCUUCUCAUUCAGAGAAAGAUUCCUUUGGGCUUGCAGAGCAAAGCUUUAAAAAGCCAGCAAAAAUUAAUAUCCUUGGUCAAAGUGUUUGUUAUAACAAUGAUACAGAAAGGCUUCAUCCUGAAAAAUGUGAGAUAACUCAAAGCAAUGCAGACAAAACGCAUCAGGUGAAGGAACCUGCUACAGAAGAGUCAACUUCACAGAAUCUUUUGCCUCAGUUGUUACACAAAACUUCUGAUUUGGUGGAAAGCGUUGAAUGGCCUUUGGAUGCAGACCAUAACUUAGUUAACUCCAUAGAUGAGGUGACAGAUGAUUCCAGUAUGCUAGAUGGUGUGGACAAAAGGACUAACUUUGUCAGGUGUGAUACUUUGUCCAUGAGUUUGCCAAAGCAACUCAAAAUAACUAGCAGUCAGCACCCAUCUACUUCCAAUAGCCUCCAUGUUUCCCCACAAAAACUGGAAGGUAAAGAAGUUAAAAUAAAGGAUGAAUGUUCUCCAAAAGUCAUUCCUAAGAAACCACAGAGGCACAGCCUACCAGCUGCUGGCCUGCUGAAAAAAGCUGCAUCAGCAGAGCUUGUGGAGAAAAGCUCUUACCCUUCCAGUGAGGACAAAUCAAACAGCGUUCUGGAGGGACCUCACUUCAUGUGUCCACCAGCCAAGGAGGAAGGUGCACUGUCAUCCUGCGACAUACCCAAACGUUCUUCCGAGAAACCCGUCUGGAAGUUACCUCACCCUAUUCUUCCACUGACAGGAAAUUCUGGGUCAUUAAAAACUGCUAACAUCACUACCAACUUCAACCACUUGACUGUUGUGACAAAGCCCAGGGCCAAAUCUCUCUCCUCUGUGGACAUGGAAAGGACAGACAAGCCUUGCAAAGAGCAUCAGAAGAAAAAUAGUUUGAAAAAGUUUCUCAACAUGAAACUGUCGGUUUGCUUAAUGAAAAGUGACUUCCAAAAAUUUCUAUCUAAAGGCAGCCAGUCCGUGGAUAGUGCUAUUGCCAACCUUUCCACUGGGGACAGGCAUGGAGGUGGUAGCAACCGGAAUGUAACAUCUAUAGGUGGUGAAAGGAAGGCUAAAUCUACCAAGGCGCAUUCUGUAGAAAUAAGUAGUCCAGCAUUACAGAGGAAGAGGCAGAGAAACAGAAGUCAACCUGAGAUGCGAAGUAACCAAAGGCUGGAGUCUUUAGAUGGGCAUGUACUUUUGGGAGAGAAUUUGUCGCAAACGCAUUUGAAUUCUGUACCCAGCGCUUGUGCUCCGGAGUACGAGAACGUGCGUCACUACGAGGAAAUACCUGAGUACGAGAACUUGCCUUUUGCUAUGAGCACGGGGAGAAAUCUCUGCUUUGAAUGGCAGAACUCUGGCAGCAUGGACAACCAGAGCCCUGGCUUCUAUGAGGUUGAGGAGCCUUGUGAAGCUUCAAGCAGGCGUUUGAGAUUUGGCAGGUCUUUAGAAGAACACCAUGAUCAUUCUAAUGCGGUAAUCGGAGAUCUUCAAUCAGAUGAAGAAGAUAUCAUGAACAGUUCUGAUGAAGAUGAUGACACAAAUUCUGAUUCCAGCAAAGGGGAGCCUGAUCCUCACGAAGAUAAACAGGCAGCUGGAAAGAAAACAAAGGUUUACCAUAUUGCCAAGGAGAUCAUGAGCUCAGAGAAAGUGUUUGUGGAUGUGCUAAAGCUCCUACACAUU